AUGCACAUUAGCUCCGACCACGGCCACAAAUCGGCGGCGGCCGGACUACUACUCGCUCUCCUCCUGAUCAGCAGCGGCGCCACUACUGAUCGCAGUGGUGCUGCUGCUACCUCUUCUGCUGUCGCAUUAGCGGCAGCAGCGAGCAAGAGGGCCCACAAGGGCGCUUCUACUGCGGCCGCACAGUUCGUGGGGCCGCAGAACGCGGCGAGGGCGGCGCUGAAGAUGCCGCCCUUGCGGUGGGACGGGAGGCUGGCCGCCUACGCGUCGCGGUACGCGGCGCAGCGGAAGUGGGACUGCGAGCUGGUGCACUCCAACGGGCCGUACGGGGAGAACAUAUUCUGGGGGAGCGGGGACGGGUGGACGCCGGCGCAGGCGGCGAGCGCGUGGGUCGCGGAGCGGCGGUGGUACAGCUACUGGUCGAACUCGUGCGCCGGGGACCAGGACUGCGGCCACUACACGCAGAUCGUGUGGCGGGGGACGAAGCGGGUCGGGUGCGCCCGGGUGGUCUGUUCGGGCGGGCAGGGUGUGUUCAUGACUUGUAAUUACGACCCGCCUGGGAAUUACGUUGGGGAGAGACCUUAUUGA